GUCUGUGGAUGGGUAUGACACUCUCUCUCCCAUCCUGGGAGUAACUGCUUGUGUUAGUUCCUGUCUGUAGGCUGUGUGAGUGUGUGUUUGGGUGUGUGUGUGAGAGCGAGAGAGAAAGGGAGAGAGUAGCGUUUACGUUUCACCUCCCUGUCUCCCUGUUCCCUGUCCUUCCUCUCCUCUCUACUCCUCCCUCGUUCCCUCUCUUGGACUACCCCAUUGGGACCUACCCAGACCCCUUCCCUGCCAGGACCCUCUACUCUCCAUCCCUUUGACUCUCCUCAUCUCUCCAUCCCUCCCUCUCCCAGGUCAAGUGCUGUCAGGUCAGAGAUAUUCAAGACAGUUGGCAUUACAUACAGCCAGUGAUCCUGAGAAGCUCUCUUCCAUUUUCCUCCUUGGCUGCUGUUCAAAGAAGCCUGCUUGCCUGGCCCUUCUUCCUCCAUGCAGACCAUGGCUCUGUCUCCGGGUGGAUCAGAAGUGGAGAGGUGGAAUCUUCCAUGGUAUUCUGGAAUGUGGGAUAAGACAGGGUCCCAUGAUAUGGAGGAGAACAGCAAGGAGAUUUCAUGGACCCCUCUUUGAAUGGGUUGAUGCUGGUCCUGCUGGAGCUGAUGAUCUGAACCAGUCUGUCACCCACCUAGCUCCCCCUCCUCCAAACACAACCACUGCCCAUGUCCUGAUCCCAGUGGUCCAGCUUGUCUGUGGUGACUGGUUGGCUGGCUGUUCCAUCACACUCUCAUUGGCCCUGGGACUCCUCUUUUACGUGACCACACCCCUUCCUUCACAUCCAAUCCCAACAUGGAACCACCCAAGGUGCAGCAGCCAGGCGAAGGAGGCCUCAACGUCACCCUCACCAUCAGGCUUCUGAUGCACGGCAAGGAGGUUGGAAGCAUCAUUGGAAAGAAAGGAGAGACAGUGAAGAAGAUGCGUGAAGAGGUAAGUGCAAGCGGUGCACGCAUCAACAUCUCUGAGGGAAACUGCCCAGAGCGGAUAGUUACCAUCACCGGACCCACAGAUGCCAUCUUCAAGGCCUUCGCCAUGAUCGCAUACAAGUUUGAAGAGGAUAUAAUCAACUCUAUGAGCAACAGUCCAGCCACCAGCAAGCCUCCUGUCACCCUGCGUCUGGUGGUCCCAGCCAGCCAAUGUGGCUCCCUCAUAGGGAAAGGAGGCUCCAAGAUCAAAGAAAUGAGAGAGUCCACAGGUGCUCAGGUACAGGUCGCAGGGGACAUGCUGCCCAACUCCACUGAACGAGCAGUCACCAUCUCAGGAGCCCCGGAAGCCAUUAUCCAGUGUGUCAAGCAGAUCUGUGUUGUCAUGCUAGAGUCCCCACCGAAAGGUGCCACUAUCCCCUACCGCCCCAAGCCUGCCUCCACCCCCAUCAUUUUUUCAGGUGGCCAGGUAAGAGCCGACGCGCUGGGGGCCUCCACUGCCAACCUCAGCCUCUUACUGCAGCACCAGCCACUGCCUGCUUACACCAUUCAGGGACAAUACGCCAUCCCUCACCCUGACCUCUGCUGUCCCUCCUACCCCCCUCAGCAGUUGACCAAGCUCCACCAGUUGGCUAUGCAGCAAACCCCCUUUAAUCCCCUUGGACAGACCACCCCUGCCUUCCCCGCAGGUCUGGAUGCCAGUAACCAGGCCAGUACUCAUGAACUCACCAUUCCCAAUGAUCUAAUAGGCUGCAUAAUCGGGCGCCAGGGAACCAAAAUCAACGAGAUCCGCCAGAUGUCUGGGGCGCAGAUCAAAAUUGCUAACGCCAUGGAAGGGUCAUCGGAGCGCCAGAUCACCAUCACAGGAACCCCCGCCAACAUCAGCCUGGCCCAGUACCUCAUCAACGCACGGUUCAGAGACGUGGCGGCCAUGUGGAAUGACCCAUCCUCCAUGACGACAUCCUAAGGACCCAGCCCGGCCGGCCUCCACUCCCUCUGCUCCGCUCCCUCCAUCUCCUGACCACUGAAGACAUGAUGUUCCUACCUAACUCCUGAUGAUGAUGCCCUCUAGACUCUGGCUCUGAUAACAACUCCCUUGACCCUCCAGCUUACCACCAUGAUCGCUCUCUAAUAAGAGACCUGUUGCUUUCAGAGAAACUGAAAAAAUAAGUAAUGUCUUUGUUUUCGUUGAUUUUAGACCUUUAGACAAGUGUUGAAGCAUGUUGAACGUUCAUUAGGAUCAAAUUGUGUUAUUCUGAAUUAUCUCUCUCUAUUUCUCUCUCUGCUAGUGUUACAAAAUAGGAUUUCAAUAUCAGUUUGAAAAAAAUGUACAAAAAAAAAAAUGUAAAAGUGUAAAAACAUUGGGAAAAAAUGCUACUGUUCCAUUUUCUAGGUGCUGGGUGAUGCUAUCGGCACAGUAUGGUGGGAUGUAGCCCAAUGAUUACUUUAUGAUGCUCUUUUGAAAAGAGGUCUUUUUAGGUAAAUUUAAUCGUUCUAUUUUUACCCCUAUUCGGAUCCUUAAAAGGAUCUACUUACAAAUCCGAUCUCUACCCAUCACUUUUUGCUGCAUCACAUGACCUCUUUGAGCCAAUGGUAUCACUCCUAGAGCCCUCCUUUCUAUGUUCAUUUCUUGUAUUUUACAUUAUGACUUAUACUGCAUGUGUUCAGUAAUGUAUUGUAUGUAUUUGAGUAUUCCAGUUCGGUGUAAGUGUUCCUAUGGUGUUGCCAUGUUAGUGCUGAUGGGAGGAGCUAUUGGAGGAUGGGCUCAUUGUAAUGGCUGGAAUGGAAUUAAUGGUUAAUCAAAUGUGUGGUUUCCAUAUCUUUGAUGUGUUUGAUACCGUUCCAUUUAUUCCAUUCCAGCCAUUACAAUGAGCCCGUCCUCCUAUAGCUCCUCCCACCAGCCUCCAAUGCUCCAAGCCUUUUCCGCAAUUAUUUUCAUGAGUUUUUUUUGCCAUUCACGUCUGGUCCUACUACUACCCCAAAUGAAUAACUCUCCCUCACAUCCUCCAGGAACCCUAUUUAUAGUAUUUAAGAAGCAUGAAAGGAAAUUACUCAAGAAAAGAAUCAUCAGUGGCUAAAAACUGUAUCCUAACUGACUGAAAACUAAAAUGAUUGUUUACUCGAUUAACCAAGACUACUGUGGGUGACCACGUAGUCAGCUAUGCUACGCUCAUGCAAUAGACAAUUCAACUCUUCAUUAUACUGUGGACUGCCUCUAGUGUGUGAGGAAUUAGUUGGACUUAAGACUAUUGCUGUGUCCAAAUUCUCUUAGUUGGCUUCCUUUCGUCGUCUCCUUCACUCCCAUGUCCACGACAGAUAAAAGAGGCUUCAAUGUACUACUCUUGAAGGAAAGGAGACCAGGAGAGGAAGCUGUUUGAUAUUAUUGGGACGUGGCCAUAGGUGUUUGGAUGGAGCCAAAUGUUUAUGGGCCAUGGAAUGUUCUGGGGUUCAUGGGGGAACCCGUGGGGCCUGGGCGGACGUGUUUACUCCCAUGCCGCCACAUUCGCGAUUGUUCAUCCAUCAUGUUAUUUUUAUUAUAAUAUUGUUUAUUUAAUGCUUUAGGUUUUGAAUGUCAUUAUGCUUUUACGAUGAUGUCAACAGAUUAGAUGACAAAGUCAUGUUGCUCGUUUUAAGUGAUGAUUUAAAAAACAAAAAUUGCAAUUCUAUUUAUUGUUUCUUGGUGCAUUAUAAUUAAUGACUGUUUUGGUUAAUCAUGAUAUUUAAGCUAGGUUUUUUUGUGUGUACUGUAUUGGAUUUCAGGGUAGGUUUGGGCUAUAUUUGCUUGGAUUAAACAUGUACAAUUCCCUUCAUAACAAUUCUCAAGCUUAUUCAAAGUAUAGGCGGUUGUGACAUGUCAUGUUUGCAAGCUUGGGCUGAGGUCAUAUUCAGCAUUGAUGCAUAUGAACCGCCAUUGAAUGUUAUCCUCUCAACACAGGUCAUUCAUUCACUGUCCAACUGGUUUCAAGUACAGUAAAAACCAUCCUGGUCUGGAUUUUCAUUCUGUAAGAUUGGUUUGUUUCAUGUAACUCCCUGUUUUGGUUUCAAUAUGCUGAGCCUGACUUUGGGUCUAAUUUCAACAGCUUUCAUCAUAUAAACGUGAUAUGUCAAUGGACCAAAUGCUGUACUGAUGUACUGAACGAUGCAUAGUUGAUUAUUAUUCUGCAAUAAUUCUUACAUUUUGAUGUUUAACUUAAGUAGUAGUGCUAGCCUUGACAUUAUGGGUUUGUGUUAUCGUUUAAUUUAAAAAUCUGUCAUAGCUUGUAAUUCAAUGGAAUGUUUGUCAUUUAAACAAGUUAAAAUGUCUGUUUCUUUUGGCAAGCUCGCUUAUUAGAACUGUUCAGCUUCUCAUCAUCGAUUGCAUUCAGACUAGGCAGGAAUAUUGAAUUGUUGAAAUAGUGAUGCCAAUGUGAUUUCAAUAACUUCAAUAUCCAUAUGUUGUUACUGUGUAUUGAAACUGUAUUUACACUGGCGUAUAUGACUGAGUAUACACACCUACUGAAACAGACUAAAAUGCAACUGAUGCAAUAAUAAGGGAAUGAUGUGCAAUUAUUAUUUGUAUUUUUUCUUGUGCAUAUAAUACAAGGAAAGUUUGUCAUGUAUUUACAACUCAUUGUUGCUUCUUGAUUUCCUUCCUUCUGGGCGGUGGCAGCAACAAGAAUGGAAAAAAUACAUGAGAUUUUUUUUCUCCAGUUUUUGCUCCUGUAUAUUUUGCUUAUUUAGGAAAAUGUAACGGAGCUUGGUAUAUAUUUUCAGUUGGAUUAUUUGCAAUGAGCAAAUCUAUCUUAGAUUGAAGUAAUUUCAUUAUUUAGGUUACUUUUGAAAUUGUUUGUAAGUAAGAAAAUGAAUAAAGUUUUUUUUCUUCUUGUGAA